CCUUCUUGCGCAGAAAAAAAAACACGAGCAUGCUGCUUGUACGUUCGUCAUGUGAAGAAUCGCAAAGCUCUUUCAUAUUCUUUUUUUGAAAAUUUUGCGAAGGAGAAGAGUUUUUCCGUAAUGCUGACCCCGAGGUUUCGAGUGGAACAAACCGAUGAAAAUAUUAUUUUGCACAUUCACGCGCCCUACACCGAUGUCAACGAGUCGGAAAUCCACGUUGAUCGCAACCAAGUUUGCUUCUUUGCAUCUCCGUAUUAUUUGCGCCUGAAUCUUCCAGGCCAAGUUGCAGAGGAUGAAAAAUCUAAAGGGCAUUUCGACGUUGGAUCAGGAGAUUAUGUGGUCACGCUUACGAAAUGCAACAAAGGGCAGCACUUUGAGGACCUCGACAUGGUUAAUACUUUGCUUAAGGCGCCAUCAGGCAAAAAUCUCACAAAAAUUGAAGUACUAGGCGAGGAAACUGACCAUCAGGAUUUAUUAGAUUUUGAUUGGCACAUUGACCAAGAAAUCUCUGAGGAGGUUCCAGAAGACAUCAUUGGAUUACUUCCCAAGUAUGGAUUUGCUAAUAGAAAGAGUGGGCUUCUCAAACCUUUGGAGGCUGAUCUCCCAGAACUCAUGGAUCUGAAAUAUCCCGACAGUACACCCGCCUCUGAAAGAGAAAAAUUGCAAGAAGAUUGGGAAAAUGAGCAUUUCAGCCAAGAGCAUUUCUUAGCUGAUUGGGCAGAAGAGGACGAGUUGAUCAAACCUCUGUUGGAAGAGGAUUUGCAUUGUGUUCCUGAGAUAUCAGACAGUGAAUUUUCUGCUGAGGAACAAGAGCGUCUGAUAAGGUUGCCCAAGUUAGAUAUUAUAGCACUGACGGCAGCAGAGCAAAAAACCGCCUUACUAAGUUUGGCAGAAAUUUUGUUUUGCUGGGCUCAUGAACAAAUUUCCACCCAGGGCGACACUGGUCCAGAGAGCGCACGAUCUGUAAGACGUCUUAGUUCUACUUUUAGUUGGCUUCGUUCUUUCACAUCUGUUCAAAAACUAACCUUGUCUUGCAUGAGACGAUCUCUUUGUGUUCCAUUAUAUAGAAACUGGAAAUUAGCACUGGCAGCCUUCGAGAAGACGCAGAAGAUUUUGAAAAGAGGUCGAGUAAUAAUUAUAAAGAGCUUACUUAAUUUGAUAGCAAACUUUGCUGAGUGUGAAAGCUAUCACAUUCACUCACAAUUAUAUUUAGAGCCUUACUGCGUUUGGAUUCAGUCUGUUUCUGAGGAGACGUUUUCAAAACUAGCUGACUCGAUAGAAAAGCAUAUACCAAAUAAAAGUGAUGUUGGUUGGGAUCUGGAGGAGUUAGAAAUUGCCGGCCAAAUGACGUUGGAGGAAGAACAUGACGUUAUGGAAAGUUUGACAAACCAAUUGAAAGCCAGUCUCCAUGUCCGAACUAAUGUUGAAGACUCUGAUGACAGUGAUGAUUCAGAGUGUGAAAGUGACAGCAGCGAGUCUGACUCGCAAUCAAGUGAAGAUGAUGAAGAGCCUUCGUCAACCUCCACGGAGGAUAAAACUGACAAAUAAAGAGUUUUGGAUUAACUUUGUA